AUGACUCAGGACCAAAGACUCAGGCACCCAAGACCUCAGGGCCCUAGACUCAGGACACCAAGCUCACGGCCCAAGACAUCAGGGCCCAUGACCUCAGGGACCAAGACCUCGCAGAGCCCAAGACCUCAGGCCAAAGACCUCAUGGACCCAGAACUCACGGCCAAAGACACUCAGGGCCAAGACAUCAGGGCCAAUCCUAGGGCGACACAAGACCUCGGGCUCCAAGACCUCAGGGCCAAGACCUCAGGGCCAAAGACCUCAGGGCUCCAAGCCCAAGAGCGAUACACAGGUUGUUUCUACAGCCUGCUCCUCCUGCUCCUGCACUGCUCCUCCAGCAUCUCACUGCUCCUCCUGCUCCUCACUGCUCCUCACUGCUACUCCAGCUCCUCACUGCUCCUCCUGCUCCUGCACUGCUCCUCCAGCAUCUCACUGCUCCUCCUGCUCCUCACUGCUCCUCACUGCUCCUCCAGCUCCUCACUGCUCCUCCUGCAUCUCACUGCUCCUCCAGCAUCUCACUGCUCCUCCAGCAUCUCACUGCUCCUCCAGCAUCUCACUGCUCCUCCAGCAUCUCACUGCUCCUCCUGCUCCUCACUGCUCCUCACUGAUACUCCAGCUCCUCACUGCUCCUCACUGCUACUCCAGCUCCUCCUGCUCCUCCUGCAUCUCACUGCUCCUCACUGCUACUCCAGCUCCUCACUGCUCCUCCUGCAUCUCACUGCUCCUCCAGCAUCUCACUGCUCCUCCAGCAUCUCACUGCUCCUCCAGCAUCUCACUGCUCCUCCUGCUCCUCACUGCUACUCCAGCUCCUCCUGCUCCUCCUGCAUCUCACUGCUCCUCACUGCUACUCCAGCUCCUCACUGCUCCUCCUGCAUCUCACUGCUCCUCCAGCAUCUCACUGCUCCUCCUGCUCCUCACUGCUCCUCACUGCUACUCCAGCUCCUCCUGCUCCUCCUGCAUCUCACUGCUCCUCCAGCAUCUCACUGCUCCUCCAGCAUCUCACUGCUCCUCACUGCUACUCCAGCUCCUCACUGCUCCUCCAGCAUCUCACUGCUCCUCCUGCUCCUCACUGCUCCUCACUGCUACUCCAGCUCCUCACUGCUCCUCACUGCUCCUCACUGCUACUCCAGCUCCUCACUGCUCCUCCAGCAUCUCACUGCUCCUCCUGCUCCUCCUGCUCCUCACUGCUCCUCACUGCUACUCCAGCUCCUCCUGCUCCUCAGCAUCUCACUGCUCCUCACUACUCCUCCUGCUCCUCACUGCUCCUCACUGCUACUCCAGCUCCUCCUGCUCCUCCUGCUCCUCACUGCAGGAGGAUAG